UGGCAGCGACUGUGAAUGCAACGGGUGCGUCCCGGGACUGUAUAAAAGACCUGACAUCCACACUCCCUCUACACGGAGAAAAUUGCACGUCUCAGGUGUACUUGUCUGCCCAUCAAAAUGAGGUCUCUUGUGGUGUUCUUUGCUCUGGCUGUUUUUACUGGCUGCCAGGCUCGUAGCCUGUUCCAGGCAGAUGCCCCUCAGCCCAGAUGGGAGGAGAUGGUGGACCGCUUCUGGCAGUAUGUGUCCGAACUCAACACACAAGCUGACGGUGUGGUCCAGAACAUCAAGGGCUCCCAGCUCAGCAGAGAGCUUGACACCCUGAUCAGUGACACCAUGGCGGAGCUGAACUCAUACAGUGAGAAUAUUCAAACCCAGAUGACUCCAUAUGCCUCGGACGCUGCUGGUCAGCUCAACAAAGAUCUCCAGCUCUUGGCUGGCAAACUGCAAACUGACAUGAGCGACGCUAAGGAACGCACCACUCAGUACCUGCAUGAGCUGAAGACCAUGAUGGAGCAGAACGCCGAUGACGUGAAGAGCCGUGUGAACACCUACACCCGCAAACUGAAGAAACGCCUGAACAAGGACACCGAGGAGAUCCGCAACACCGUGGCAACCUACCUGGGUGAGCUGCAGUCUCGUGCCUCCCAAAACGCUGAAGCCGUGAAGGACCGUUUCGAGCCCUACGUCAGCCAGGCCCAGGAUGGUGCCAGCCAGAAAUUGGGUGUCCUUAGUGAGCUGAUGAAAUCCCAGGCGAAGGAGGUCAGCGCGCAGAUGGACGUCCAGGCUGAAGCUCUGAAGGAGAAGCUGGAGAAGACCGCUGAGGACCUGCGCACAUCCCUAGAGGGCCGCAUGGAAGAGCUGACCAGCCUACUCACCCCUUACACAGAGAAGAUCCGCGAGCAGCUGCAGGUCGUCAUGGACAAGAUCAAGGAGGCCUCAGCGGCUAUUCCCACUCAAGUUUAAGAGCUCCACACUUAUCUAGUGUUAACACCAAACAGAAACAAGAAGGGAGGUUUUGUGUUACUAAAAUGUGCUUUUUCAUUCUGUGAGAGGUUGAUAAGUGGUUAAGAACUGGUCUCUUAGCACUGUCCAUUAUUGGACGAAAGAAAACCAUGUACUCACCAUGUUUAAUUUCUUAGUAUUAAUCCAGUGUCUAAGGAUAUACUUUCAACUUUUGUUAGCAUACUGUAGAGAAAUUAUAAGAUCAACCAACCUUUCUAAGAGUUUUUUCUAGUAAGUGGGGCCAACAUGGCACCGUUCGAAAUAAACAAUAAAAAGUGCCUUCUGUGCGCCUAGCUGAAUUAAAUCAGAAUAUAUGCAAAGAUGAGCUUUGUUAGCCACAAAUCCACAUUUAAAUCCUUGUUUACUUUACAUGUCUGUGCACUGUUAUAUUUGAAUAUUUGUUUUCAAUAAAUGUUCGUCCUACUUCA